AUGACAAAAUGCAAAAAUGAAUUGAGAAUUUUGAAAGAUUCCAUAAAAAAAAAAAUUGAUGUAUACAAAUACAAUGAAAAGAAUGAUUUUUAUAUAAAGUAUAAAAGCCUAAUACACCGAUGUGACAAACAAAUAGAUAUAGAACGAAUUCGUUUAGGAAGUUAUUUAUUUAAGAAAGAUGAAGCAUAUAUGAAUGAAAAAGAUAUAAACAAAUUAUUGAAUAAAAUUAUAAAAAAGAAAAUAGCACAUGAAUAUAUUUGGAAUAGAAUAAAAAAUAUGAUUUUUAAAUUUAAUUUAGUUAAUGUAGAUAAUAAAAAUAUUACUUCUUUGUCCACAAAUUCUUCUUCAUCUCUUACUUACAUUAUGAACAAUAAAAAAAAUAUUUUCUUUUAUAACAAAUGUUAUGAUCAUAUUAAUGUAUAUUUAUUAUCUAUUGCUUUACAAGUUAUUAAUAAAAGAAAUAGCACCUUUUUUAAUUUUCUAUAUUCAUAUAUUAAUGCUUUUUUUGCAAAUAUGGAACCAAGACAUUUUCUACAUAUCUUCUAUAUUUUAGUAAAAAAUACAUAUCGUGAUUUAAAUAAAUUAUUAAAUAAUAAUCAUACAAAUAAACAUGACAAUCAUAAUAGUACUAUUCAUAUCGAGGAAUGUCAACUAUCUAAUAUAAACCAUACCCUUUUUGUCAAACAAAAAUAUGCCCAUCAUAUUUAUUAUUCGCAAAAAAAUUUUAUUGAACUUUUAACCAAGUAUUGUAUUGAUAAAAUUAACUAUUUCUCUUUUAAUGAUAUUGGUUUGAUUUGUGACGCUCUCACCUACUUCUCCUUGAAACAAAACCCUUUCGUAGAAUACUGGAAUGAAUUCCUCCUGUACAUUUUCGACAUACAUAAUAAAGUCAAUCAAAAAAAUAUGCCAUAUGCUCAAAAGGGAGAAGAUAAAAUAUAUGAACGUGAAAAAAAUAGCAUAAAUGAAAAAUAUGAACGUGAAAAAAAUAGCAUAAAUGAAAAAUAUGAACGUGAAAAAAAUAGCAUAAAUGAAAUAUAUGAACGUGAAAAAAAUAGCAUAAAUGAAAUAUAUGAACAUGAAAAAAAUAGCAUAAAUGAAAAAUAUUCACGUGAAAAAAAUAGCAUAAAUGAAAAAUAUUCACGUGAACAAAAUAGCCAAAAUGAAAAAUAUUCACGUGAACAAAAUAGCCAAAAUGAAAAAUAUUCACAUGAACAAAAUAGCCAAAAUGAAAAAUAUCCACAUGAACAAAAUAGUCAGAAAAUAAAAAAAAAUUCUUUUUUUUCGGAUAACCCUUCGGAAAAAAAACAUGAACCUUCAGAAUCCUUUAUAAAGAGAAAAAUGAAAGCCUUUAAAAAAAUAGACCAUUCCUUUAUUGACUAUGAUAAAUAUAUAGAAUUGAAUGGAAAAAACAUUUUGAGUAUCCUUAAAUAUAUUGUGAGUUAUUAUGAGGUAUAUCCUUGUAUAAAAAAAGUUGCAAAUAGAAUUAGCAUAAUUUUGGUAAAUCGAGCCAUGGAUUUAACUCUCCAUGAAUGUUCAGAAAUUUUAUAUCACUUAAAUCGUUUGAGUGAGUUAGACCAAAUAAUGUUGAAAGAUAAAAUAAGUAUAUAUGAGUAUCAGCUAAAGGACACCUUUUUAACAACGUAUGAUAUAGGUUGUUUAUUAAAAAUAGCUCAAGUGUUGAAUGAACAAAAUUAUUAUGAUAACAUUCCAUUUUUGCAUAUAUUUUUAUAUAACAUACAUAAAUUUUCGUUAGAAAACGCCUCUCUUUUGUUUGAUUUAAUUUGUAAAAAUUAUGAGAAUGAAUAUAUGAGGGAUACAAUAGUAGAAGAAGUUGGUGGUGAGGUAUAUCAAAAGAAAAAAGGAAAUUCUUUUAGAAAUAACUAUAAUGAUAAAUUAUUUAUGAAUAAUAAAAGUUUGUUAAAAGGAUUAUGCACUUUGCUAAUAUCAUAUGAAGAUAUAAUAAGAAAUAUGUCUUACAAGGAAAUGUUUUUUUUAUGUGAAAUUUUAAAUAAAGAGAAAUUGUUUGUGCACACAUCUAUUUUGGGAUAUAUAUCUAAUCGUUUAUGUUCCGAUAUAGAAAAAUAUAGGUGUUCAUUAUUGAAUUUUCCUUCUUAUGUUGACUAUAUAAUGUUUAUAGCAAUUUUUAUAUAUAAUAAUAAAUAUAAUGAUGAUAAGUUGUUAAAUAAUAUAUAUUCUAUAUUUUUAUGUAAUAAUACAGAUUAUAUGUUGAGCUAUAGAAAUAGGAUAAAAAACAAAAUAAUAUAUCAUUAUUGUUUUUAUUUAUUAUGUAUCCAAAAGGAUAUGAGAAAAUGUGUCCCAUACUUAAAUUUUAUAUUGAAAAGUGUGUCCUUAUUUGAGCCUAUGAUGUUAUACUAUAUAAUUUUAAUAUAUUUUUAUAAGAGUGCAAAAAAUAAGUACAAGCAUUUAUUCAAUAGAAAACAUAUAAAAAUGAAAAAAAGAAUACAUUAUAUAAGCUUUUCAAAUAGCAAGGAUAUCAUAAGAAGUAAUAUAAAUAUGAAUCAUCCAUAUAGUUUAUAUAAACCAGUUAACGUAUUUAAUCAACAAGAAUUUGAUGAAGAAUUGCUUAGAUUGUUUUUGCCUAUGUGGAAUGUAAUGUUACCAAGGAGAGGAAGAAAAAUGUUAGAUUUUUUAAUUAUGUUGAAUAAAUUUUAUGAUAAUAUAAAUGUACGACAUUAUUUAUUUAACAAAAGGGUUAUAAGAAAAGUAGAGAGAUAUAUUAAUUUGGUUCAUGAGAAAAAUAAAAUAAAUAAAAUAAAUAAGACAAACACAAAUAUUAAAUUUGAAGAAAAUAUGGAUUAUGAUAAAUAUUCUAGUUGUGUGAAAAAUUCUGGAUUCAUAAUUCUUUGUGAUGAUCCAAUUAUCAAAGAACCAGUUCUUUUCGAUAUUCACAAAUUACAACUUAUAAAAAUAGAACGAAAUAAUAUUUCGAAAAAUCAAAUGUACACAAAUGAUUGCAACAAAGAAAAGAAAAUAAAGGAAAGUAUAAAUUAUUUAUUAAAUGACUAUAAGUAUAAGAAAGAUAUUAUAAUUAAAAAAAGUAGCACAAAAUAUUCGAAGCCUGCAAAAUAUUUUGAGAACUAUAAAAGGGGAACCUCAGUCCAGCAGUUUCUGUCCAUAUAUGAUGAUUGA